AUGCCCAUUAAUCAGCCAUCGAAUCAGAUCAAGCUCACAAAUGUCUCUAUCGUGCGUCUCAAGAAGGCCGGUAAAAGAUUUGAAAUAGCUUGCUACAAGAACAAAGUUGGUGAAUGGAGAAAUGGCUCCGAAAGCGAUAUCGAUAAUGUCGUGCAGAUAUCUUCUGUAUUCACGAACGUGUCCAAAGGUGCAGUAUGCAAUAACGACGAGCUUCAGAAAGCUUUUGGUACAUCCGAUAACGAUGAAAUAAUCAAACAAAUUCUCAAGAAAGGCGAGCUGCAAGUCGGUGAGAAGGAGCGCGGACAUGAUUUGUCCAAUAAGUGGAGAGAGAUCGCAACAAUCGUAGCAGAGCGCUGUGUCGAUCCAUCGAGCGGCAGACCAGUCACAGUGUCAAUGGUAGAGAAGGCCAUGCACGAUAUCCACUACAGCGUGAAUGCCAACAAAAACGCAAAGUCACAGAGUGGUGAAGUUAUCAAGCAGAUACAGGAUAAAGGUGUUCUCCCACUCGCCAGAGCUCAGAUGAGGGUGCGCAUAACCUGUGCCUCGAAACAAGGCAAGAACGUUAAGGAUAAGAUUAGCGACUUUAUAAAUAAAGUUGAGGUCGAGGAUUGGAGCGAUGAGUGGGAGUAUAUUUGUCUUAUCGAUCCAUCUUCGUUCAAAACACUCAACGAUCUCAAACUGAAUGCACGCGUUGAAGUAUUAGAAAAUAGUGUGAAAGCUUAA